UCAAAUUCAAAUGCAGACUAAUUCAGACAAUUUGCCUGUAGCGCCACCUACUUACUGUUAAUGUUUCUAGAGAUGGCAGAGCAAAGCACAAUACAAAGUGAAACCCUAAAAGAAAAAGGAGACUUGUAUUCAAAAUCCACCGAAGUAGAUAGAAAUUUACUAGAGUACGACAUAGUAGACGCCACAGAGGAUAAAAGCAAUGAAAGUAACGAAAAAUCAAAGGACCCCACAAAUGUACAUCAUACACAACUGGAGCAAAUGACACUGUCAAACUCCCAGGACAAGGAAUCACAAAAUGAGGAAGAAAAAGAAAGGGAAUCUCCAGUUAUAGAAGAAAAAGUGGUAGACAUUAUUUGCCCUAGAGUUAACUGUCCAGAAAAGAUUAUCAUUUGUCUUGACUUGUCUUCAGAAAUGGAUAAAGCAACUUUCAAGUCCAGAUCUGGUGAUAAGUUUGCUCCACUUAAACUUGUGAAAAGAGCACUGGGGAUAUUUUGUCACACAAAGAGUAGAAUAGAUAAGCGGCACGAAUACGCCCUAGUUGUCUUACAGGAAACACCUAUGUGGGUGUGUGACUUCACAAAUAAUCCCAAGGAAAUUAUCAGCAUUCUAGAAGAUGUAAUAUGCAGUACAUUUGAGACAGAAACAUUUGACCUUAGCUGCUUGUUUGACCUUAUAGCUGAGAAAAUUAGUCUUCCAAAAGUUCAAGAACCCAGAAUUAUUCCUCCACCUUACAGCAUAAGGAUGCUGUUUUUGUAUGGAAGAUCCCACUGUGAAAUAACAGCAGGAAAUAAGGAGAAUCAGAGGCUAUUGCAGAGUUCUCCGCAUUUCUUCCUGGAUGCCUUCUACAUUCAUCUGCCACCCUCUGAUGAUAAUCAGUGCCAGGAAAUUUUUAACACAAUUUGUGAUUGGGAUGAACAAGGACUUUACUAUGUGUUUGAAGCAUCAAAGAAUCCCACAAAACUGUAUGAUGGGUUUGCUCAACUUCUUGCACAUCCACUUCAGAGACCCUUACAGAAAGAUUGUGCAUAUAAGCUUAAACCUUCCAUGCAGUAACACAGACUAGAGUACCAUAUCAUGUGGUCUUCUAGUAUUACAGGGUUUUUAACUACAAAUAUGAUGGAUGUGUUAUUCUUCAGUUUACUGUUAGCUAAAUUAACAAACCCAAGAACAAUGAAAAAAUGUUGGAUAUUAUUUUCAGGGCAGUUGACAAGUAGCAAUCUGUUUUGGAGAGUUAAAUUGUCAUUUUUUUAAAUUUUGUUUCUGUUCUUCAGCAAAAAAAAGCGUCCUUGUUGUUUAAAAGCAAGACUUUGAACACUACACAGGAUUCAUAGAAUUUACAUGUUGUAUAAUUAUGCAAAACAUUAAUUGAGGGGAAACAUUACAGUCACAGUUAAUCAACAUACAUUUAUUGCAAAAGAAUGACAGUUGUCUAUUACGUCUACAAACAAUUCAUAUGUUGCAAAGUUUUUACGUGGACUUACUAAAAUAAUUUUAAAGAGACUGCUUACCUACAAAUAUAUCCAUGAAACCAUCUCUUCUUAAAAGAUUGAUAAAACUUGGAUAAGAAAUACUUCCAUAGAUCUUAUUGUAUGAAAUCUAAAUAUGUAUGCAAAUGCAGCAACACAUUUUUGUUACAUUUUCAUUUGUGAAGUUUGAAACUAUUUCAAUAUGAAUGAAAAUUAUGACCAAAAAAAAAGGUACCUGUGUGAACUGUACUCACUUAGUUUCUUUGCAUGCAUACUUGCUUACAUUACAGCCAUAAAUUUUAAUUUAACAGCUUAAAAAAAUAUUUACAAUGCUGUGGUUAAAAAAACACACACAUAUAUAUACAAGAACAUACAAAACAUUUACUUUUCCAACUAUUUUACAAUGCUAGAGAUACCCUGUAACAAAAACCAUAUUUUUUACAGUAUUAAUUUUCAUUAACUGCUGCACUUAACAAAAGGACAAUGCUUGACUGCAAAUCUUUAAUACACCCACAAACAUUAUUACCAACUUCAAAUACAAUAAUUCCGACAUCUAAAC